AUGGCCGACGACCGCGCUGCACCCGCGCUCGGUGCGCCUGCGGCGGGUGACUGUGCUGACGACGUGCUGGCGAGCAAUCGGAGAGUAAGCUCGCCAUUUAUGGUGACAAAGAUGCAGCGCGAGGCGGCCAGAGCGUGGGACAAAUUCUACAAGGCGCAUGAGGACCGGUUUUUCAAGGACCGUCACUGGACGGACCGGGAGUUUGAGGAGCUCAAGGCGGACCCGCCGGAACUGAUUCAUGGGGAUGUGCCGGUGCUGCUGGAAGUGGGGUGUGGCGUUGGCAACACGGUGUUUCCUCUACUCGAAAAGAAUCCGGCGCUGCGCGUGCACUGCUGUGACUUUUCCCCGCGCGCCAUUGACCUGGUGAAGAAGCAUCCCCAGUAUACCAGCGAUCGCGUCCAUGCGUUCGUGUAUGAUCUGGUACAGGGCCGCGAUCGUGGUGAAAUGGCUCGCGCGCUUGCGGAGUGCUCCGCGUGGCCGCCGGUCUCGACGCUCUCGCUGAUCUUUGUCAUGUCUGCGAUCCCUCCGGACGACCAGCUGCCUGUGCUGCGCGCGCUCGUGCAGGUGCUGCCGACGGGUGCCACGGUCGUGUUCCGCGACUAUGCGCGCGCGGACCUGGCGCAGCUGCGAUUCCAUACGCGCAAGGACGCGCAGUGGUCGGAGCCCAGCCUCUUGAGCGAUUCGCACGACUGGUACCGCCGAGGUGACGAUACCAUGGCCUACUUUUUCACCCGCGACGAGGUGCAGCGCCUCUUUGACGCCGUCGGCGGCCUCGAGGGCGAGGUGGAGGAGGUCGUCAAGACACGCACGAACCGCCGCACGGGUGCGGUGAUGGAGCGGCGCUUUAUCCAGGCGCGGCUCCGGCGAACAGCCUAA